UGAGGAUUUUUGCUGUAUUUUGUGGGCUUCAUUUCUUCGCGGGCGCGUGACGUUCGUUACUUCCGUGACUGAUGGCGCUGGAUCCCCUUCGGGUAUGUUCCGGCCAUGCCUCGGGGUUGAAUUCUAUUCAAAGCGGCUGUGCCUCCUUCGACCUCUCCCUUGCUGAGCAUCCCCGACCGCCCACGCACAUUCGCUUUCGACAAUGCCGAAGGCUGCUUCUUCCACCUUCGCACACGUGCAUGGCACCGUGUCGCCACAGAAUGCGCAUGUUCUCAGGAGAAACCAAGCCUGCCACCAGUGUCGCAAACGCAAGCUGAAAUGUGACGCAAAGAGGCCAUGUUCGACAUGCAUUCGCUCGCACGCAUACGCUGUUGCGCACGCUCCACCAGGAGCGAAGAUGCCUCCUGCGCCGGAGUGCACGUACGACAUGGUCCCCGAUCUUCCCGUCCUCGAGCAACGAGAGCCGCCGAAGGGCCGCUUCGAGCGUCUGGAGAGCAGAAUAAACGAGCUCGAAGCGCUCCUCGCGGAGAGAGACAAGCCGGUCCGCACACCGGAAUUGACAAUGUCAAGUAACUCUCCCAUUAGCCGGGCUGGCUCGAGCGCGUCUUCGGUUCAGCUUGGCGGUGGCUCCCCUGCGUCGAUGAAUAGCUACGCGAACAUCGAUCCUGCCCUGUCUGUAGCCGAUCCUGCCCUCACUUUGGGAUUCUUGUCUGCUCGAUCUAAUAAUUCGUUGGACAGUCUCGCGGAUGCUGCUAUGCUGGUCGAUAGUGACUCCGUCUCCGCCACCGAACCAGCAUCCCGUACACAUGGGUUUUCUCAGACCAAUCAUGCAUCAACUUGCGUGCUCCCUUCCAAUUCUGUCUUGGAGGUCAUUUCAUUGGCGUGGCCGCGAAAUCUGCCCAGUUCUGAUCUGUUGCGUCACCUAGUUGACGCAUAUUUCUCGUUCAACCCUGACGCCAACCGAUUAUUCCACCGACCAACGUUCAUGGCUUCUUUGUCUUUGCCACCGACUCACCCCAAGUUCCCAUUGACGGCAUUGCUCCACUCGAUGUGUGCAUUGGGCAGCUUCUACACAGCCGCCGUCGCACCCGCACCGCAUCCCACCUCGUCACCCUUUCCUAUAGAUGACCCGUUUGAUGGCAAGCACAAAGUGAGCGAACAAAGGCCUGACUCGUUCGCCGAAAUACAGGCGCGAUAUGCGCGGCAUGCGAUCGACUCCUCAUAUGAGCUGGGUGAAGAGCUGUUCCAGGUAGUGCAAGCCGAAGUAUUGUUGAGCUCAUGGUACUGGGCAUCCGCAAAAUGGGCAGAGGCUUACAUGUCGAUGUGCCGAGCCUUGCGCUCUGGCACGCCGAUUGGAUUGAACGUUUGUUCGCCGGUCUAUACGAUAGCGGACAACCUACGCCCACCAAGUAUAAUACCGCCAUCCAAGACCGUGGUGGAAGACGAGACGAGGCGGAACACCUUCUGGAUAUCAUACGCACAAGAACGGGCGAUGAGCUGCGGGCACGGAUGGGCGCUCAUGCUAGACGACCUGGACGUCUCUCAAAUGCUUCCCAUUCGCGGAGAAGACUUCGAGCAAGGAAUCGCAAUAUCGCCUAAAGAGCGCCAAUGGUCGCACGACCGCGAUGUCUUGCUCAACCACCCGCCAGAACAGACCGAUGCGUUUGUCCUCUAUAUCAAGGCGCAUAUGCUGCUCUCGCGAGUGAAGAACUUCAAUAUCCGUUUUCGCGCACGAUACUACGCCGGAGACCCUAGCGUCACUGUUCACACGACGAUCGGAGAGACGGAUUGCAUGCAGCCAAAGGACAUCAGGAACACGCCCGCGUUUUUCGAGCUUAACGGCCUCGUCACGGAUUUCCAGAAUUCGUUUCCGACGAACCUGCGCCAUCCCGUGCAGAACAAUCUCGUCAACCCGCAUCUGUUCGCGGCGUUCACUGCUCCCUUGCUGGCGCACAUUCUCCUCCACGAAACCCAUGCCGCGGUCGGUUCUGAGGCGUGCCAGUCAUCACUGAAGAUUCUGAACGCUGCGCGAGGGAUCCUCAACCUCGUGUACGAUGUCUGUGCUACCAGUUACGAUCUGUCACUUCUAGGGCAGUUCGCUGCUGUCUCGUGGUUCAUGGCGGGCCGGGUGCUGGUACGCUUUCUGCGAGCGGCUAUCAACUCGAACACCUCGGAUCUGUCCGUCAACCUGCUUGUUGAAAUCGAUUUUAUACGAAUGGUCUUGUAUCAGGCUGGUGAACGACUUCCCAUUGCAUACCGCUACGGGAAGAUGCUCCACGACUUCAUCAUCAAGAACUGCGGGGAGGAGUAUGCUAACCCGACGCCAUCUGUCCUUCCUCCACGCGGGGCCAUGGUUCCUGCUACGAAUGGUAGCUGGCUCAGCACGUCAGACUUGGCCAUGAAUUUACAGAUGGAUAGCAGUGUUGCGUCGUGAGUUUCGUGCAGAUGAUUCGUUACUUUGGGAUAUAUGCUACUU